UUUUAUUGUUCAAAGAUUUAAGGGUAAUGAUAUGGAGAAAGAACAAGAAAUGAACAAUGGUUUGGAUUUGUUACCAAAACUUGACAUGAUGAAAUCUGAAGUUGCCAUGGAUACAACAACAAAAAUGAUGAAACCUGAAACAUCAGAAGCUGAAGUUGUCAUGAAAACGGCAACGAACACAAAUCUUUUGAUACACAAUAAAUACUUGAGAGUAAAAAUGAAUAGCAUACGAGAUAAAAGAUUAUACCAAGAUUUAGAGUUUAAAUUAUCAGAUGGAAGCAGUGUGUGGGCUCAUAGAGCAAUCGUCUGUGAGUUUAGCUCAUACGUUGCACAGCUUUGUUCAUCUGACUCGGAAACAUUGUUUACAAGUGUUGAUCUAUCUGGCCAAGUGGAUGACACUUUAAAGUUCACACCUAGUAUUAUAAACUUUGCUCUCGAUUACAUGUAUGGCAAAGAUGUGACUUUAUCCAAUAAGGAUGCUGUGAAAUGUUCUCGUCUCGCAGUUAAACUUAACAUUCCUGAACUGUUAUCUGCUAUUGAUUCAUCUUUAGUGGAGAAUGGCAUGCCAAGAGAUGAUAUCCCAACUGAUGAUG